AUGCCCCACUCCGACGGCCCCCAAUCUCUCCAUGCCAUCGUGGAGAAGUUGGCUAAGGACUAUCCUGACAGGUUAGCUGUUGACGGUCUCGAUGGCGAGCCUUGGUCGUACAGUCAGCUCUACUCGGCCUCCCUCAAGAUGGCGGUAGCCCUUCGAAGUGAACUGGUGGAGGGUGUUGAGGUGACAGGCUACUCUCUGUCGGUGGGCUUGUGUGCUCCUCGUGGGCCUCGCUGGGUUGCGGUGUGCGUGGCUUCAUCGGUGCUGGGGGUUCCUUUCGUACCGAUGGUCCAGGACCUGCAUGCCAAUACCAAAAAUGAUGGAGAAAUUAGGAAGAUCGCCGCUACUACUAGAGACCGUAACUCUGCUAUUCUGAAUGGCAUACGACCGGCCGUCUUGGUCGUGGACGAGACCA